AUGAUACUGAAAAUAGGGACGAAGCUGCCUCCGGUGGUGAAGAGCGCCGCAGAGAAGAGAGUCGAGAAGAAGGAGACGAAGAAGAAAUGGGAGAAAUGCGACGAGCGAUGCCCCGGCGACCCGUGGGCUUACUGUGCGGUGUUGUGGUGUGCGUGUGCCAUGAGCCUCAUAUCGAGCGGCUACAGCUUGUACAAGCAGCAGGGCCUGCAGGAUAGACUGUCGCUGUUGGAGGAACAGCACCUGGCUCUGAGGAGCGCAGUCCUGGAGCCGCAGCAGCCGCUGGUGGAGAGGCUCCGGCGGGAGGUGAUGUCCAGGCCGCCAGCGUACUGGCGAUAUCGUCGCAGCAUCAGGGACUACGGCGACUGCGGCUGUCCACCAGGUCGGUAC